AUCUAUGCGUUGUAUACAUAAGUACGUACGCGUUGUAUAUAUACGUACGUACGUGUACUUUUUAGCAUUUUACAAGCUCAUGUUUGCUUCAAGGACAUCGUUCGAAUACUAAAGUAAACUUUAGUAGUUUUGAAGGGGAAAAAUAUUAAGAGUAAAAUUUAUAUAUCGGGACACGUAUCUCCAUUAGUUAUUUGUUCAUACUUCCACUACAAUCAAGUGCACAGUAUGGCGAUUAAUAUGAUUAGAAAUCAAUUAUCAAAGUCGAUGACAAAACUGUCACAAAUUACUUCUGCACUGAGAUACUCUACAGAAAUGUCAUCAGUAAAGUAUAAAACAUUAACAGUAUCUAUCCCAAAACCAUUUGUUUAUAUAGUCAACUUAAACAGACCAGAGAAACUAAAUGCAAUGAGUCCAACUAUGUGGCGGGAAUUCAGAGAAUGUUUUGAAACAUUAGGAAAUGAUUCAAAAUGUAGAGUGGUUGUUCUAUCAGCCACUGGCAAGGCAUUUUGUGCAGGAAUCGACCUGCAAGGAAUGAUGGAAGUAGGACAGGAUUUAGCGGAAUAUGAUGAUAUUGCACGUAAAUGCAAAUAUAUGAAAAACAAAAUCACAGAUUAUCAAAAUUCAUUUAGCGCUAUAGAAAAGUGUCCAAAACCUGUGAUAGCCGCUAUACAUGGUGCAUGUAUUGGUGCAGGUGUAGACAUGGUGUCUGCAGCUGAUAUACGUUAUUGUUCAUCUGACGCAUAUUUCCAAAUAAAAGAGGUCGAUAUAGGAAUGGCGGCUGAUGUAGGCACACUACAAAGAUUUCCAAAGAUUGUAGGAUCUGAUAGUUUAGUGAGAGAACUUGUUUAUACAGCACGGAAGUAUCCAGCAGCUGAGGCAUUAAAAGAUGGAUUUGUAAAUCGCAUGUUGGACAAUCAAGAGAGCUUACUGAAGGCAUCGAUGGAAGUUGCUGAAGAUAUCGCAAAAAAGAGUCCGGUUGCGAUACAAGGCUCAAAGAUAAGUAUGGUGUAUUCCAGAGACCACUCUGUGCAAGAAGGAUUAGAACAUAUCGCGAUAUAUAAUCAAGUAAUGCUCCAGAGUGAAGACUUCCUCAAUGCAACUAUGGCACAGGCUACUAAAGGCGAACCUCCAAUAUUUUCACAUUUAUAAUAUUGAUGUUAUCAAUGAUUUUAUAAUAUCAAUUCUUUGAGUAGUUCCUAAGUAUAACACGACUGGUCGCGUGGGUGGCAAGUGUCCUCUUUUUGAAAUUGACAUUUUCAAUUAAAAAAAAAAUUGUUUUAGAAAGUAAUGCUUUUAGAACUAGAUUUAUUUAAAACUAGAUUAUAAAACUAGAUUUAAAACUUUAAAGCUUUAAAACUAGAUUGUAAAAUGAUCCAUUGACUAGAUCAAUCACUAUUUAGCCUUAUGUUUAUUAGGGAAAAAAAGAAAGUAAUAAUAUUUAUAUGGAGGUGUUCAAUCAUAAAAGAUUUUAUUUAAAACGGACAAAAACAGUCUUUGAUUGACAGAUACACAGACACAAAUAGCAGAAUGACGUUUAAAAAUGUCUUACAUUGAUGUGUUAUUGAUGUCGGAGACAUCAUUAAAACAUUAUUAAUACAUUAUUUGACGUCACUCUGCUAUCUGGGAAGAUGCAAAAUGGAUACUCAUUGGUAUUUUUCGGAAAAUGCAUUUUAGUGCUAAUAGAUGAUACUUGUCAUUUGCGCGACCAUAGGGUUAAUGGCGACUAUGGGGUUAAUGAUAUUAUAAUAAUAUGAUGGUAAUGAAAUUACAAUAUCAUUAUGAAGGAUGUCUAUGUAUUAUCUCUCAAAAAUGAGAGAUAAUAUGUAAUAUAUAUAUUGAUGCUUCUGAAAUAGUAUAAAGUUUAAAAAACGUUUCAUCAUAUCUUGAAAGUACUAUAUUAGGAUAUAUAAAAUGUAUAUAACGUAUAUAUUUUUAUAAUCUUUUUCUCUACAAUAAAAAAAAUUUAGCGUA